AUGAAGAACCACGUUCGUGUGCUCGUCUACUACGGUGACACCGACAUGGCAUGCAACUUCAUGAUGGGACAACAGUUCGUCGAUCAGUUGGGACUCCGUAGAACAUUGAAGAAGACUCCAUGGAAGUUCGACAGACAAAUCGCUGGAUUCAAGACACUUUUCGAUGGGCUCAGCUUCAUUACUAUCCGCAGAGCCGGACAUAUGGGGCCACAAUGA